AGGAAACAAGAAAACGAAACAUUCCAAACCGGGGACCUACCCCAAACUGAAAUUUGUAACAGCUCAAUUCCUAUUAGUGUAUUCCAAUCCUCAAUCAAACUAAGCAGAAAAAGAUUGAAAAUAAGAUAGCCGAAGGAAGAAUCCGAGACAAAGAUGCCGAAGAAGAUGGGCGUCAACAGCAAAGCCGAGGAGGCACGUGCGCGCAGGAGCGCCGUGGAAUCCGAGCGCAAAGAGCGGGAAGUCCGUGAGAGGGAAGAGCAGUAUUGGCAAGAAGCUGAAGGCCCCAAGUCCAGGGCCGCUAAGAAGCGGGAAGAAGAAUCUGAGAAGCGUGCCGAAGCCGCGGCUCGCCGCGCUGAGGCCCGCCGACUGGCUGAGUUGGAGGAGAAAGAGAUCGAUAAGUCGAUUAAAAAGCCGGACAAGAAGGCUAAUCGAGUGUCGCCUCCGGUGCCGAAGGUAACGGAAGCCGAGCUUCGUAGGCGGAGGGAAGAGGAGCAAGCGCAGCUUGCAAAAAAAGCGGAGGAUGCUAAGAAGAAGCAGAGCAGGACUGCGGCUGAGGAGGAGUAUGAGAGGAUGGUCUCGGUGACAAAUACUAACCGGGAUGAUUCUAUUAUUGAGGCGAGGAGCGUGGAGGAGGCAAUUGCUCAGAUGACAGUGGCUGACAAUCUGCCCGUGGAUCGGCAUCCUGAGAGGCGUCUCAAGGCCUCUUUUAAGGUGGGUAAUUGGUUACAUUUAUUUUUUCUGUUCUGUGAUGACCCUAUGCAUUUCUAUGGCUUUCCACUGAAUUCUUGUUCCUGAAUGGGAAACAUUGAAUUGUAUUGUGUUACACAAGUGUUGAUAUUGUCGAUGAGGAAUUUUUUAGUUUAACAGAUAGGAAAUUGGUAAUGCAAGUUAGUGCAGUUUCUGGUGAGGAAUGGGUUGUCUAGUGUAAUGAUCAAUAAUAGUAAUGUUUGUGAAAUCUGUUCCUGCUAGAGAUGUUUGCUUGAUACGGGAACCUAUUUCCAUAUGAUAGUAUAAAAAUUUGUGAAAAAUAGCUCUUUUCAUAAUCUUAGCAAAUGUAAACUUCAUUACCAUUGUUAUCUUUUUAUUUCAUUUUUUUUUCUUAAGGAAAUUUUCGGGAUGUUUACAUGGGUUGUGGCUUGAUGAUAGCCACGCUGCUUUAUCAUGAUUUGGCGUUUGAUAUAUUACUGAAUUGGUUACCUGGAAAUUUGUUUUCUUGGUAUUUUGAUAUACCCUUAUUGUGUUAGUCAUGUAUUAGAUAGUUAUGAAUGGAUGUAGGCAUUUGAAGAAGCUGAGCUACCCAGGCUAAAGGAAGAGAAACCUGGUCUUACUCACACUCAAUACAAGGACAUGAUAUGGAAACUAUGGAAGAAAUCUCCAGACAAUCCUCUAAAUCAGAUUGCUGAGUGAUGACUGCUGCAACUUGUUUGGGCCAGAAGAGCAGGCAAUUUCAUGUAGGCAUGCUGCACAGAUGCAAGCCCAUACCUGUCUACUUAAACUUUCAAAAAAGGGGGGGGGGAAGAAAAAGAGAGGUUGAAUUAAUAAUGCCACAUUUAUAUUUAUACCUAUUGCAACAUGACGAUGGAUUUCCCUUCUGUCUCAUUUCUUUCCUUAGGCAAUGAAAAAUUACUAAUGUACAGUUAGAGAAAUGGUAUUUCGCUUGGUUUGUACCCAUCAGUGAUGUUAUCUUAGUAUUAGUUUUGAUUUUUUUUAAGAUGCUGUUAGUUUUUACGGAAUUGUUUCACAUCUUUCCUUGUGGACUAAUGAAGAUUAAUUAAUAUU